AUGGCGCGCUUCACCCAGAUCGCUGCCGUCUUGGCAGCAGCGACGCUCAGUCAUGCCCGCAAGCCAUUCAUCACUGAGCGUCAGGUCCCUGCGGACCCCACUGGUGUCACAACCAUCAAGUCUGCCCAGGGCGCCGAGAUUCGCUACAAGCAGCCUGGAAAGGCGGGAGUUUGUGAGACUACUGAAGGUGUCGACGACUAUGCCGGCUACAUCAGUCUCAAUCCUACUACCAAUAUGUUCUUCUGGUUCUUCGAGGCGCGUGAAAACCCUUCCGAAAAGCCGUUGACACUUUGGUUGAACGGUGGACCAGGAAGUGACUCACUCAUUGGUCUCUUUCAAGAACAUGGCCCAUGCAAUGUUACUGAAGAUUUGAAGACACAAUUGAAUCCUUAUUCAUGGAAUGAGCACAGCAACAUGCUGUAUCUCUCACAACCAGUUGGUGUAGGCUUUUCCUACGAGACCACGGAAACCGAUGCGGACGGUCGAUACUCGCUUGUUGAUCCUGACACCGCAAACACUACCGAUGCUGCAGCCAUUGGUGCGUGGCACAUUCUCCAGGCUUUCUUGGACCUGAGCCCCCAGCUCGACCCGGAUAUCACUAACUUUACUUUUAAUCUGUGGACUGAGAGCUACGGAGGUCAUUACGGCCCCGGUUUCUACAACUACUUCUACCAGCAAAAUGAGAAGAUCAAGAAUGGCUCUUCCCCUGGUGUCGAGAUUCGCAUGGACACGCUCGGUAUAAUCAACGGAAUCGUCGAUGAACAGAUCCAGGCCCCUUACUACCCCGAGUUCGCUGUCAACAACACUUACGGCAUCAAAUCAGUUAACGAUACAGUCUACACCUUCAUGAAGAACGCCUACUACAUGCCAGAAGGCUGCCACGACCAAAUCGAGUACUGCAAGCAAUCCGAUCGUACCACACAAGACGGCUACCUAACCUGUUCAUCCGCAACCAACCUCUGCCGAUCCCUCGUCGAAGAGCCCUACUACGCAUUCGGCGGGCGAGGCGUCUACGACAUCCGCCACCCCUACGACGACCCCACGCCCCCGGACUACUUCCAAUCUUUCCUGAACCUCGCCUCAACGCAAGAAGCCAUCGGCGUAAACAUCAACUACACCAGCACCAACGCCCGCAACGUCUCCCUCGGCUUCAGCCGCACCGGCGACUUCGUCUUCCCCAACUUCCUCGAAGACCUCGAAGAAAUCCUCGCCUACGGCGUCCGCGUAGCCCUCCUCUACGGCGACGCAGACUACAUCUGCAACUGGUUCGGCGGCGAAGCCGUCUCGCUCGCCGUAAACUUUACGCACGCCGAGGCCUUCCGCGCCGCGGGCUACACUCCCUUUCUCGUCGACGGCGUCGAGUACGGUGAGGUGCGCGAGUACGGUAACUUUUCUUUUACACGAAUUUACGAGGCUGGACACGAGGUGCCGUAUUACCAGCCCCAAGCUAGCUUAGAGCAUUUCAGGAGGGUCCUGGAUCAUGUGGUUAUUGCGGAUGGGAGUCAGGUGGUUACGAGUGGGUAUGGCACGAAUGGCACGGCGAAGGCGACGCAUACCGAAGAGUUUGUGCCGUUGCCGCCUACGAGCACGCCGAGCGCUGUUAGCAGGGUGAGGAGGGGGUCCGCGUAG